UGGGAGGAGCGUGUUGCACUGGGACGCUGCACGAUGCAGCAGUCCCGUCAAAACCUCCAGGUCCACCUGCAGCAGCAGGACCACUAGUGCACCUGUGGUAUCACUCUCAAUAGGCACGUCGCUCGGAUUUAAAGGAGAGAGAAAAAAGUCAAAUCAAAUUCAUCAAGUAUGACCGAAGAAACCACUUGGAAACAGAGCGCCGGUGCGACAUAGACGCGUGUGGUUCAGGACAAAGAGGGGGUCUUGCUCGACAUUACGAUGCAUCUCACAGCGGUGGUCUUAAUUCUGGUCGUGACAGGCAUCGCCGAAGGUUGGGAAUGCAGCGCCGGGUGCAGCACAGAAAAUGGGUUUUGCGAGAAGCCAGGGAAGUGCAGGUGCAAACCAGGGUGGCAAGGAGAUAACUGUGACCAGUGCCUGCCCUUCCCUGGCUGCCUGCACGGCUCUUGUGAGAAGGCAUGGCAGUGUAUCUGCAAGGAGGGCUGGGUGGGCAGCCUGUGUGACCAAGACACCCGCCUGUGUUCAUCCAGGCCUUGUGCUGGUAAUGCCACCUGCAUAGAGACAGGAGAGGGGGGAUACCUGUGCGUCUGUCCCCACGGCUACGCUGGAGAAAACUGCCACCUGAAGAGAGGACCUUGCCUCACAAACAGCUCUCCUUGUCAGAAUGGAGGCACAUGCACAGAUGCCGAUGGCUCAGCUGCCUACUCUUCCUGUUUAUGUCCCCCUGGAUUUUCUGGAGACUUCUGUGAGAUCAGCAUUGACAGCUGCCAGCCUAACCCCUGCCUCAACGGUGGGAACUGCACAAAUCACGGCCUGGCCUUCACGUGUGCCUGUCCGCACAGCUUCACUGGUUUCACUUGUAACGACACCACCAGCCUGUCGCCCUGUGCGGGACGGCCCUGCACUAACGGGGGCACGUGUGUCGGCCAGCCUGAUGGAACCUUCCGGUGUGUUUGCCAGAAAUGGUUUACAGGUCCCACAUGUUCCCUGCAGCACAGACCGAAGGCCAAGUCCAAGCCGGUAGGCGCCAGGCCUGCAGAUCACAGAGUGUUUGCGCUGACCCCACAGCAUUACUCCCUCCCUGCUCACGCCUUCCACAAGCUCCUCAGACCGCCUGAAAGAGACCUGCUCAAGAUCACCCUGAAGGAGACCGUCCACUCCCCCGGCAUCUUCGUCACCCACGGUCAGCUUGUCUGCUUUGGCAUACUUGCCCUGCUCACCUGCCUGGUCAUCCUGGGCACCACAGGCAUUGUGUUUUUUGGCCGCUGUGAGACAUGGCUGGCUAAUGCCAAGUACAGCCAACUUGUUCGGCAGCAAAGGGAACACCUGCUGAGAGAGGCCGGCGGUGCCAACCAGGAAGAGCCGGAGCACUCAGUAAACAUCAUCCUGCCGGAGAAGAUUAGACUCACCAGCUUUGGGAGACACUACACCUCCAUCUGAUUAAAUCGUCUCUCCCUCUUCCUCGCUCCCUCGGGAAGCAGUUUAAUAUGAAUGUCUAAAAAUAGCAACGAAGGAAAUACUAUGACUGUUGCUCAGUUGCAUUUAUAAAGUGAGAGAUUCUGGACUAACUUGGAAUAUUUGAAUGUAUAGUCUACCGGAUUAAGUGGACAAACAUGACACUGGAUUGUAAAAACAACCCAUUAAAAAUGUAUAAAAUUAUAAAACAUGUUCUACCAAAUAGCUCCUUGAUGGCUGGUAAAAAGAUGUCAUUGUAUGGGUUUCUUAACCCCCCCCCCCCACAAAAAAAAAAAAACACAAAAAAAGGAACAAAACAUUAUGGUUUUACUACUCUGUUACAAGUUGACUUGGAAUACAAUAAUGGCAUUAAUGUCAGAGAAGAGAUAUUAUUUUUGAAGUAGCAGCAAACAGGACCACACUUAUGGAGUCAUAGAGGUGCCAUAAAAAAGAAUAAAUCUGUAAAAGAAUAAAAAAAUAAAUGUGGAAAUAUAAAAGAAUAAAUAAAAGAAUAACAAGCAAAUAUAAAAAAUGUGGAAAUUUAAAGAGAAAUAACAAAGAAUAAAUAAAUGUAGAAAUACAAAGACAAAUAACAAAAUAUGGCACCCCUGUGACUCCAUACACACUUCUUUGAGUAUUUGUAAUUAAACUAAGUAAUAGUACUAUUGAUCUUUUAUUUGUUUACAAACUACAGUCAGAUUUCAUAACCAUCAUCAGAGCUGAAACGAUUACUUGAUCUAAAGAAAUUGAAUUGGCAUAUAUAUAUAUUAGACAAAAUGAAUAAUCAAGAAAGUAAUUACUAAUUUAAAUAAUUGUUAGUUGCAGCCCUAGACCAUAUCCAUACAACAUACUGUGAAUUUUCCGUUUCAUAAGUAACGCAGAAAUACAUGUAGUGAGCUCGUACAGUGCAAUUACAGUAAAAUGUGUAAUUAGAUAUUACAACAUUCCACCAAAACAGCUGUACUUCCUGUUAAAUCCUGCAGGUCAUUACUGUACAGAAUGAGGUCAUUUUGAUGUAAAGGUUUAUUGUACUGUAUGUACUUGCAAGUAAUUUCAUUUCCCAAAUAUCAUCAAAUUCUCUCUUUCUGUAGAUGUAUCAUUUUAGAUGUUGGUUUUAAAAGGUAUAUACGUAGAUGUUAUAAAGACAUGGGUCAUUUUCACAGGUCCUCAAGAAGUGCCACUUUCUAUCUUUAUCUUAAUCUAUUUGAUUCAUGCCAUGAAUAUCUUAACAUCUUCAUCUGUUAAUUGGUCUAAAAUUAAUUUGCAGCUCUCUGAAUAGUUUCCAACAUUGUGUCUGACUUUUAAAGUAGGAAUUUCACAGUUAAUGCACAAUGCAUCUGUGAGCCCUGAAAUCAAUACUCUAACACCUGUUAAGUAGUAUUGGUUUGUCUCAUCAUGCAUGAGAUGGUCACCCACUCCUGAUGGAAGGAAAAGUGAUUUCAUGAAUAAUUAUAUGUCUGUCACCCAGGAUUUCUAAAGCAGCCUAUGAGGAGAUGCUGUUAAUCUGAUGGGCUUUUAUUUAUCAUAAUUCUCUGAUAUGGAGGUUAUCUUCGUGCUCGUGACAUAACAGACUUACAUUUCAGGUUGUGGAAAACAUUAUGCAGAAAUCAAAAAAUAAUGAUUUGCAAGUGGCAUUUCUACUCGGGGUAGUGACUGUGACCAUGCAGUACUUAUCAGUAUUUGUUCCAGUCUGGGAUUAUUUGUUGUUGCACUUUUGCCAGAUAAUGUUUUGUUGUCUGUUCACUGCUUUUAAUAAAACAUAUUUUAAAAAAGG